UGGCGCAUUUUUUAUUCUUUUUUCAUUUGGAUUUGUUAUUUGAUUUUGAUUCGUGUUUAAUGUUUACUAUCACAGAAAUUAGUUUUUUCUUUUUCAAUAUUCUGGAGUCUGGAGAGUUCAGAUGAACAAAAAAAAAACUAUUCAGGCUAUUGAAACUUGAUGUAAUUUGUAUUUUUCUCACUCAUUGAUUGUAACAUUCAACGGAACAUGUGAAAUUGAGAUAUUGUUUGUUCGAUUUCUCUUACACUCAAUUCAUUUUCUCCCCUUUAUCCCAUAGUUUCUUCAACAAUCCCUGGGUAAAGCCAAGGAUACUGCUUUUCCUCGAAUUCACUGAGAAAUCCUUAAACCCCUAAAUUCUCUUUCUCUCCCAGCCGUUUCCUCCUUCCGCCAACCCACUUCGCCUGUUCUCUUCCCUUCGGGUAUCUAAUCUAUGUUAUAAAAGAGUCAUCCAUUUUCACUUACUGUAACAAUGGAGAAAAUACCCCGAUGUAAUUCAGAAAAGAAAACAAGUGUGACUUGUAACAUUUACUUGUCAAUUGUUGUUGGGGUAUUUAAAUAUUCUUAAUCAAAGGGUAUUACUUGCUUUUUUGAAAAUACUGCAUUUGAUCAAAUGUUGCUACAAGGCACACUUCUUUUUCUUUUUUGAAUAUCAUAGUGCUUUUUUUUUUAUAAAACCUAAUGAAUAAUGUGGCUUGAAUAGAAAUUGUGGUUGCAGUAAUAUAUAAAUAUAUAUUUCCUUUCUUUUUCAAGGAUUGAGAACCAACAGCUGUAACUCUUUUAUUGGGGUUGGAAAUUGCUGAUAAUUGAGAUAUGGUUCUAGCUCUAACACACUACGUUAGCUCAAACUUAUUAUGUCCAACACAUGAUCAAUUAAGAAAGCCACACCAACAUAGGCCUUCCUUUUCAAAGGUGCUGUCAACUUUGAACAGAGUCGAUUUUGACACUCAAAAACUCACCUCUCAAAAUCCCUCAACAAGGCAAGACUGUGAGUGCUUUGAUUUAUACAAAGAGUUAAUUCCAUAUGGAAAGGCAUGGUCUUGGCAAAAAAGAUUAGUGAAUGAGAAAAAGAAUAUGAUUCAAAGGAAUGAAGAUUGUCCUGACACUUUAAUUGUUCUUCAACACAACCCCGUUUAUACAUUGGGUACGAGUAGUUCUGAGAAUUUUCUUAAUUUUGACUUGAAGAAUGCUCCUUUUGAAGUACAUAGAACCGAACGUGGUGGUGAAGUUACAUACCAUGGUCCUGGCCAACUUGUCAUGUAUCCCAUUAUAAAUCUUCGGAAUCACAAGAUGGAUCUACACUGGUACCUUAGGGCACUAGAGGAGAUAGUCAUUCGCGUUCUAACCAACACGUUCUCUAUCAAGGCUUCUCGACUUGAGGGCUUGACUGGAGUUUGGGUCGACAACCAAAAACUGGCAGCCAUUGGAAUAAGAGUUACUCAAUGGAUAGCAUAUCAUGGCCUAGCGCUGAAUGUCACCACAGAUUUAACCCCUUUUGAUUGGAUAGUCCCCUGUGGAAUACGUGACCGGAAAGUUGGAAGUAUUAAAAAUCUACUUGCAGGAUUCCCUUCAUCGAGCGAUUGUGGAGAAGCAAAUGUAGGUCAUCCCAAUGAUAGCCAGCUUCUUAAUAUUGCUCACGAGUCUUUGAUCAAGGAGUUCUCAGAAAUGUUCCAGCUCCGAAUCCAUCACAAAACCAUCUCUGAAUUGGAGUUUGGAAAGGAAAAUUUAUAAGCUGGUUUCUGGUGACUGACAGGUAGGAAGUUCUUGAAUCUAUAUUAGAAAUGGUACCCAGUAAAGAAUGCAUCUCAUCUUGGUGAUGUGUAAGACAAUCAUGAAUUUAUUUGAUAAAAAUGUCUAGUUGCUCAGAACAAAAUUAUUUACAACAUUAAAUUUUCCUUUUUUGACAUUAGGGGUCAAGUUAAAAGGAAAAAAGAAAGAAAGAUACUGACGUAUAGAGCAUUUUGUUAACUAAAAUCACCAUGGUGAUAGUUGUGUGUAAGGAACUUUACGAGUGCUUACAUGUUAGAAAAUAUAUGGAAAUCCAUCAUGAAUCGAUUAUUUCAA